UUUGGCGAUAGUUUGUUAACAACAAUAUACCGUCGUCGUUGUAGUCGUCGUCGUCGUCAUCUCCAUACAAUACAAUAUUAUAUUCAGUUACGUUUCUGCUGUGUUUUGUAGCACAUUAUUAUUUUCUUUCGUCGUUUCUGUGUUUUUGGAGGUCUAAAUUCUUCAGCAUAAUUUGAAUUUCUUAAGGAAAUUUUUGGAUUAAUAUUGAACAAAAAAUAAUAAAAACUUUUGUGUUGCCGCUAUAUCAACAACGUAACUACUACAACAACAUGGCUGAUGUAAACAAACCAAAAUUACAAUUGCGCUCCGGUUUAUCCAUCAACGGAGACAAGACACCCUCACCGGCCACCAAACUCUUGAUCAAUCAUGGCAAACCCAAUUUUACCAUACAACGGUCACCCAAGGUACAAAACGGCCAUGCAAAUCCUUUGUCACCCACACCAGAUGCACCAGCUGUGCUAAAGGCCAACAACAACAACAAUAAUAACAAUGAGUUUGUGGUUAAGAGCACCACAUUCAAUGGGGUAUUUAAACCUUCGAACAUUAGUGCGGCCACCAAGCAGACUUUGCAAGAAAAUGGCAACAGCAACAGUAACACCAUGAAUGGCAAUGAUAAUGAGGCUGCUAAGGUGGUUUUAAGAAGGGCCAAGGUUGUGCAAACAGAAACGAGGGAGGCUGCAGAGGAGGAUGGAAAUGUUCCUGAAUUCAUACUUAGACAAAGGCGCAUACAAGAACGUUUGGCCAAUCAAAAUAUCUUGGAUUUUGAAAAUAGACGCAGUGGCUAUUUCACCCAAGUCAUGAUAUCGCCUUCGAGUCCCAAUCGCCAAUCGUUUGCGGAGACCAUGGCCAGUCCUGCUGUUAAGCCUGGUUUGGAAAUACCACCACCACCAGCCACAACGCAACAUGAAGAAGACAUUAAGGAAGAAACCGCACAAGAAAAGCUAGAACAUGAGCAACAAGAGCAUGAAGAACAACAACAAGCUGAUGUAGUGAAAACAGAAGAGACUGUUUUACAUGCUGAACCUUUUACACUUAAUGGCCAAGAUGAAGAAGAAGUUGCUAAGGCCAUUGAGGAGGUCAACAAGGCUGUAGAGGGAGAGGAUGAUGAUAAAACGGAGUUAGAAGAACAAGUUGAAAAUCACUUUGAAGAACCGGUAACAACUCUAGAGCAAGUAGAAGAAACAAAACCAGAAGAAGCUCAGGAAAAACAACAAGAACUAGCUCCCGUAGUGGCUGUAGUUACCUCUGCAGCUGUAGAAGAAGAACAACAAGUAGAAACCCCAAUUGUAGCAGUCGUUGUUACUUCAGCCCUAGAAGUUGCGGAAGAGCAACAAAAUGGUCAUGUGGAAGCUGAAGUCACCUCAACCCCUAUAACUGAGGACACAGCUAAAGAACCCCAGUCUAAUGGUGUGGCUGAAGAACCAGCAGAACCUCUACAAAAUGGCCACACUACUAAUGGCGAAGCUUUAGAUAAUGGAAUCACCAUUUCUCAUACAAAUGGCUUAAGUGGCCCCACACUACCUUCCCCCGAUCCCACAGGCGAAAAGGGUGUUAAUUUUGAGCCCAAAACUGUAGUAUCUUUCUCCCAGGAAUUAGGUAACAAUGUCAACAAAUAUCCUGAUACUGUUAAAGUGCAUAGAGACACAGAAACUCCGGAAGUAGACAAUGAAUUAAAGGAACUAACCAAAUUGAAAUUUGAAAUUAAGGGAGAUGAUAAAGAUAUUGAAGUUAAAUCUGUACUAAUAACCGAAACAGCUUAAAUUAAAUCUUGUGAGUUAGAUACAAUCAGUAUACAGCUAACAAGCAAGUGUUAUUUAUCCAUAAAUAUCAAGCUAUUUAUUAUUAUAUAAGUUAUUGAAACUGGCAUUAUGUGUAAAGUUAUUAUAAAUAUUUAAGUACAUUGCUAAUCUGUAAAAGAUUUCAAUUUCAGUACUUUAACAGUAAGGGUCUGCAUGUGAGAGUAUAAAUGUUAAUUAUUGUAAUUGUGUACAAAAUAUUUAAACUGUGCAAUGUUUUUUUUGUAUUGUAUUUUAAUGAAAUGAGCGAGCGACCCUUAGUAGUCUUUUGUUUUAUUAUACAUUACUAUUUUUUUUUUUUGUUUAGUUUUUAAGUUUAAACUGUUGCCAAAUUAUUAAAAUUAAAUUAUAAUUUAAAUAAAUAAAAAAAACAAAAAAAUUAAA